UUGAUCUAGGAGGCAGUCAGUCAUUCCUGGUGUGUGAGCAGUAGACAGGCGCGUGUUUACGGAGAUGGCAGGUAGUGUUGUGACAAGCACAUCUCGCAUCAGUGAUAUUUUUGAGACGAUGGAGUACGGAACGGCGCCUGAAGACCCCAGCUUUGCUCAGGCUUGGCUGGAGAAACAUGGACGAAGUUUUGGUCACUUUAUUGAUGGGAUUUGGGUAAAACCUGAUGGGAGAAAGACAUAUACUACAACUAACCCAGCCAAUGGAGAAGCUUUGGCUUGCACACUUCAAGGAGAGUUAGAUGAUGUCAAUCAAGCUGUGACCGCAGCUCGCAAGGCCUUUAAAUGCUGGAGCACACUGUCCUGCCAUGUUCGGGCACGGCACCUAUACAACCUUGCUCGAACAAUACAGAAACACCAACGACUUUUCAGUGUAAUUGAGACAUUGGAUAAUGGGAAAACAAUUCGUGAAACUCGAGAUUUUGAUAUACCUACAGUAGUGCGUCAUGUGUAUCAUCAUGCUGGAUGGGCAGAGCUUCGGGACAGUGAAAUGAAUGGCUGGUCUCCUCUGGGUGUUGUUGCUGCCAUUGUUCCUUGGAACUUUCCCUUGAUGCUUUUAAUCUGGAAAGUAUGUCCAGCACUGGCUAUGGGUAACACGGUUGUCUUGAAGCCUGCCACUCUUACCCGUUUGUCUUCCCUUCUGUUUGCUGAGAUCUGUGCUGAGGCAGGGCUACCUCCUGGGGUGCUUAAUGUUGUCACAGGUAGUGGAGAAUUAGGAUCGCUGCUGGCCCAGCACCCAGAUGUAGACAAAGUUGCUUUUACAGGAUCCACUGAGGUUGGUCGAGUACUCCGCAGAGUAACUGCUGGAUCUGGCAAAGCACUGUCUCUGGAACUUGGUGGCAAGUCGCCUUUUAUUGUCUUUGACUCUGCUGAUCUGGAUAGUGCUGUGGAAGGACUGGUAGAUGCAAUAUGGUUCAACCAAGGUCAAGUGUGCAGUGCAGGUUCAGUUCUUCUGGCUCAGGAGUCAAUCUGGGAGAUUCUGAUUAUGCGCCUUAAAACAAGAAUGUUCAAGCUUCAUCUUGGCUCUGGCAUUGAAAAAAGUGUUGAUAUGGGACCUUUAGUAGAUGAGACACAGAAGAACACUGUAGAAAAUAUGGUGGCUGAAGCUCGAGUUGAAGGAGCACAAGUGUAUCAGAUCUGGGAAGGCUUGCCUAGUAGCGGUCCUUAUUAUCCGCCAACCUUGAUUACAGGCUUGAGCACUACAUCUCGCUGUGUAAUGGAGGAGAUUUUUGGCCCUGUUUUGGUAGCAUUGCCAUUUAGAACAGCAAAAGAAGCUAUUGCUCUUGGCAAUAACACACGCUAUGGAUUGUCUGCUAGCGUCUGGACAGAAAAUGUUUCUCUGGCCUUUGAAGUGGCUUCCAGUCUGCAGGCUGGCACAGUCUGGAUUAAUGCACACAACUUGUUUGAUGCUGCUUCAGGAUUUGGCGGAGUUAAAGAAAGUGGCUAUGGGAGAGAUGGAGGGAAAGAGGGCCUCUUUGAAUUUGUUCGACCAACUUGGGCUGUGAGAGCAAAACCCAUGCUCCAGGCAGAGGGAAAUUUAGAGAAGUUUGGGUCAUCUUGUGACAAACCCCCAGUACCCACAGGAAAAAAUCAAGAAGUAUCAGGAACUCCAAGCGUUGAUCGUUCUUACAAGCUGUACAUUGGUGGUGUGCAAUGCCGCCCUGAUUCAGGAUACUCACGUCCUGUUGUGUCUGCAUCAGAUGGUUCUGUCCUGGCCUAUGUUCCUGAUGGUGGCAGGAAGGACAUUCGAAAUGCAGUAGAGUCUGCCAACAAAGCCCUUUCUGGCUGGCAGAAGAAGGGCCCACAUGUUCGUGCACAGAUACUCUACUACCUGGCAGAGAACCUUGAGCAAAGAGCAGCUGAGUUUAGCCAUGCACUCAGUAUGCAGUCUUCUAUGCCUGUAGAAGAAGCACAGAAAGAAGUUGACCUCAGUGUAGCAAGACUCUUUCACUGGGCAGCAUUGUGUGAUAAAUUUGGAGGUACAAUUCAGGAGACACCUAUCCAUGGCUUCACUCUUUGUUGCAGGGAGCCAGUUGGAGUCAUAGGAAUCAUCUGUCCAGAUGAAAAGCCUUUGCUGUCUUUCAUCAGCCUCAUGGGAGCGGCAAUUGCCCGUGGCAAUACAACUGUAAUGGUGCCUAGUGGCAAAAAUCCUCUGCCAGCUCUUGCUUUGUACCAGGUCUUGGAUACAUCUGACCUCCCGGGAGGUGUGGUUAACAUUGUGUGUGGGGAAGUAGACCAGUUAACCAGGCACCUUACUCUGCAUAGUAACAUCCAGUCUGUUUGGUACUUUGGAACAGAGGAGGGCUCCCGGUUUGUGGAGUGGGGCUCAGCAGAAAAUCUAAAGCGUACAUGGGUAAACAAUGGUGUCACCCGUGACUGGAACUCAGCGACUCAGGGUUGUGGUGAAGAAUUUCUGCUACACGCAACACAGUGCAAAAAUGUCUGGAUGCCGGGUGGCGAGAUCUUUGCCAACUAGCUCUUAACGAUGUUCUUCAACGAAGAACUGCCCCAGUAGUCUACAGAAUCUAAUUACCCUCUAUUGCAACCCCACUGAAAAAGCUGCCGUAAGACUUAGAGUAAUAACCAAUACCUUUAGAAUUAUUCCUAGAAAGUGAGCCAUUCCUUGUAGAGCUUGAUUUAUUUCUGAAUUCUUUUUUGUUUAAAAAAUAAUUUGUUCUCAAUUGCUAAAAAAUAAUAAUUUGUUUUACAUGUGCAUUUUAUAAGCUUAUUAUGAGAUGAAACAAAUGUUUUAGACUGCUUACUUAAAAGCAUUUUUCUUCACAGUGAACAUUCAUUCUCCGUGAGUUUAGCAUGUGGUGACCUACAUUCAGCUCUGUUUCUGUGUUUUGAUGUGGUGUGUGUGUUUUUUCUGUACUGGUUUUGCACAGCUUUGUUUUACUUUCAGCGUCUUGUGGUUCAGUUUUCUUCAGAAGCAGCAUGCUAGAGUGUUACUUGGAAGACAAACCAUAGAUGUCUAGCUAAUUCAGGCUUACAUCAAUUGGUGUAAAUUGCUGCCUAGCCUGCUGUCUCUCGACAGAAGAGGUACCAUGAGUAAUAAAUGCUUGAAAAGAGGAGAAGUGAUGAGUAGAAUGCUCAAUUAUAACACGGGCUAACCCCAAUAAUCAGAUUUUAUUUGCUUAUUUCUGCAACUGUUCAAACUGUUAGCAGCCAAAUGUGUAUUUGGUUGUAUCCUCAUGGUGCUUUUAGCAGUACUAAAGGUAAGCCAUAAUAGGUUCAGAAAACUACCUCCUCGAAGUCUGACACCAAACCAAAGUGCGAUUUUAAUUGAGCAGUGACAUAGGGGAUUGAUUGUGUCACACACUGUAUUUCAGAUUUUCUAAUUUGUAUGGUUUUAUAGGCUGAAAUUCAAAGGCAUGUAAUACUCAUAAAGAAAAUAACCAGGUGUCCAUGGUAUAUUUAUUAUCUCUGCCAUCAUUUAUCUUGGAGAAAGCAUUUAAACCAUGUACAAUUUUCUAAAUUAUGUACUGUAGGAAUCUAUAGAGGUCUGUUUCAUCUGCACUGUAAGUUAAAAGCAAAGUCAUUUUUAUAUUGAAAACUCUCUACAUGUGUGCCUAUUAACAUGUUAUGUAUAGUAAUAUAUGUAUAAUAUAGUUUAGACCCUUAGAUCUGGUGACAUCUUUAAACAGUGUGCACAUAAACAGAUUAACAGAAUAGGUUUAAAAUCAAUUUUAAGAAUGUUAGUCAAAGUAUUACUGAGCCUUUUAUUCAUUUGUCUAGUUUGUUUUGAACUUGCUGCGUGUAACAUGAAGUGCAAUCCUAGACUUGUUUUAGCAAAUCGGCAGGUUUUUUUUCUUUUCAAAGGUGUGGAUUUCUCUGCCAUAAUUUUUUAGUGCCCCCCCCCCCCCCCCCCCCUAAUCAAUAAAAUGAAGAAGCAUUUAAAUCCUAAAGAAAAUGAAAUUGGCAAUAGAUGUUAUUCAUACCUAGAAAAUUAAUUUUUUACCUUAGAGAUUGUUUAAAGACAGUAUUUUUUUGUAACAUUCUCCAACCUGCUUAAUCAAAUUCACAGAUUCAGUGUCCUGGGUCCAAGACCGUCCUCACUGUCAUGGUCUUUAUUCUGUUUGCACAUUUAACAAAAACAGCAACAAUAAUUUAUUUGUUAUAUAGCACAUAAUCACACAAGGAAUGCCUCAAUGGUCUUUAACAGGUCCUGUUUUUUGACACCCCCUCCCCAUAGCCUUGAGAAGACAAGAAAUAAUUCCCCUAAAUAAAACACUUGUAGGGAAUAAAAUGGAAGUAAUCUAGAGAAAAGCAAAUCAGAGAGGCGCUCCCUUCCAGGUAGGUUGGGUGUGCAGUGGGUGUCACAAAAUGGGGUAAAUACUGUACUACACAUAACAGGACACCAGUGUUCUGCAUGUUGAUGUGUAGGUUUCCUCCAGUGUUCUUAAAGACAAGCUUAGCAAACUAACUGCCAAUUCUAAAUUUGUAUGGUAUGGGUGUAGGUGUGAAUGUGAAGUGUGUAUAUAUACAUGUGCUUAAGUGGACUCUGUGAUGAACUGCUGCCACUGUGUUGAACCCCAUCAGAGUUCCUAUAUAGAAAUUAAACUAAACCAUGAAGCAGUGCCCUUUAUAUGUUGGUUCAUCUCACCAUCCAUCUAAUCUCAGCAACUUUGGCAAAAAAAUGACCUGACCGCAUUUGAGGGAAAAACUGUAAACGUGCACAGAGAGAAUACCAAACACUUCACAUACAGUAGGUACUCCAGCCCAAAAUGAUGACUGUACAGUAAACAAAAGGAAGCUGAGGGUAAGUUGUGGGAAUCCGACACCAUCAUUAAUUGAAAAUCACAUUUAAAUAGAACCAGGCAACAAUGUAAAGAUGUUUCAGUAUAUUGUAUAACUUGGUCAUGUUGCAUUUAUCCUGUUUAAUUCUGUGUACUCUGUUAAUAAUAAUUACAACAUAACAUGAUUAUUGAGGUUAUACCAUUUUUCUGUGUCAACCUUAAAUAUUAAAUUACUCCACAAAUAUUUUUAUCACCUCUUUUAGCUGUGUUAUGUCUCUUAAUUAAAACAGUUUAGAAGCUACAAAAGAGAGAGAGUGACAAUUGGGUGAAUGGCUAUGAAGUGAAACUAUAAAUAGCAGGAAUAUGAGGGCUUUGGAGAAGCCUUGGAAUUCUAAUGAGCUCUGUUGGAAUUAAGGCAUUCAGGAAGACUGGAGAAUGGAACAGCAGCCAUCGUUCUCUCCUGCCUUAUUUAACUGUGAGACUCUAUAGGCAUGUACUGGAGAAUACCAAUUAGCAUGUUGUGCCCACAUUGCCAUUUGUUUGUCAGUGACUACCAAAACCAGAACACUACCAGCCUACAUGUUUAUUACCCUGCUAGCUUCACUUACCAUCAUUAAAUUAAUACAAUAAAAAGAGUCAGACACUUGGAAAGGUUUCAGAUAGAAAUAACUCAAUUUCGUAUCAUCCUUUCUAAUUAGCGCAUUAAAGAACUUCGUUGUCAGAGCAGUUGAGUCUGCUACCUGCUUUCAUUGUGCUUUUGGUAGGUUUAAUCUUAUUGAUGUGACUACUCAUACUUUGCUCAUAACAGGAUUUGGACUGUGACACCAUCAUGCACUAAGUAGCCUAAUAAUCGAGAGCUGAUACUCUCAACUCAAUGAAAGUAAAGUGAGUGCCUAAUCUCUUGCCUGUGGUUACAGCGCCUGAAAAUUUUACAUUGUAGUUAUUUGACUUUUGAUGGUUACUUUUGCUCUUGAUAAGAAUUUUUCUUCUUUCACCCCAACUGCAGCAUAUAUAGUUAAGCAAUCUUACUAAAACUACAUUUUCAUAUAUAUUAACUUCCUAUCUAUUGGACCCUUUUCUUGAGCUGGUAGCAGUGACCAAAGGAGCUGGUGAAUAACAUGCCUUUAGAUUUCCUUACCUUUACAUUUUACUGUUAAAUGAGGCACUUUUCAGCCACUUCCCUUGUAAAUUUCUUUUCAGCAUCUGUGGGAUGUGUCAAACUCCAGUUUCCCUUUUUUCUUUUCUCCAAUUGUCUGCACUUGCUGGUUUGGAUUGUAAAGCCAAUUAGCAACUUGCUAGAAAAGCUACAGGUCAGUUUACUUGAUUCUCUGCCUUGAAGCAUGAAUGUGCAUUCUUACUGUAUUAAAUCAUUGCACUGUCUUCAUUAAUCGCAGUAAUGUCUGAAUUGUGUCAUGGAUGCUUUUGCUGGCUUAUGUCAUAUCAGACUCUUCUCUAUACGUGGAAUGUGCAAUGACUGUGUCAAGCCUGCUUUACUCAUUCUGCUCACUGAAUGGCUGCUGUUUUCAGGUUUUCAAUUGUGAAGCUGUGGUGAAUUGCUGUGCUUUUUUUACCCAACAACAACCUUUAUUUGUAUAGCAUAUUUUCAUACUAAAUACAUAGCUCAAAGGACUUUACAUGAUGACAAAGAAAUGGUCACAAGCUAAGUAAAAGUAAAACUAGAUA